UUUGCACAUUAUUGUUGUUUGCAUAGUCAUUAUUUCCAUGAAAUUUAAAAAUUUUCAGCUGACCUACUGGCCUCCAUUGGUGUUGUUAUUGUUUUUGUCUGCACUUGCAAGAGCGAGGCUCCAAUGGGGAAAGACCCCUGGUGUCAAAUUAUAUAGGGAAUAACUCAGUUUCGUGAAAUAAUAACAAAGAAUAGUUAAAUUUUCUGCUUUAUUUUCACGAAGAACAUGAAUUUGCCGUGUGUGCGACACCUGGUACACUGACUCUACAGUUACAACCAGCCACAACUCAUUCAUCCAUAAGCGAGGUACACAACGGGGAAAGAAGUUUACUUUCGAUUUCUCUAGCGGUGAUAAAUUACUAAAAUCUUUAAAUUAGAAUAUAUCAUUUUAGUUUAGGGUAACAAAACUACUAAAUAUGUUCCAUUUAAUAUGUGCCUUCUGAUAAGCAAUGUCAUUUAAGACUUAAUAAAUGGUUUAUCUUCUCAGCACGCACCUGUUCCGUGUCCCGAUUACUACAGAAUCUAGGUCAAAAUCCAUGUUAUUCAGCUAACGCCGAAAAAAAACUGGAAGCAUUUAGUGAAAUAUUGCAAAAUGAUGGAUUGUUUUCUUGCCUGGCUUCUCCAUUAAAAUGCAUACCGGUUAAGCUACGCUUGCCUACAGUCCUCUCAGGGCUUUGAUUUUCAAUGCAAUACAUUUUUUUAAUUGCACUUCUCUUUUUAUAUCGUUCCCACUACUUUCGAGUUAGUAUCUCGUGGGAACGACAUAAGAAAAGAGAAUUGCAAUAGAAGGAGUAGUGCAUGUCACCUCUGUGCCACCGUAACCUCUUCGUUUUUGCUGUAGUCCCUUUUUGUAAAGAUAAGCACUUUUUAAAAGAUAUUUUCUGCGUUUUAUUUUUGCUCUUAAACAGUACGAUUAUUGCCACGUCACUUCUUUUACCGAGCGUGAUAUCUGGACAAUAGCUAAUUUCAAAUUUUGUAAUUCCUAAAGUACCCAGUACCCAGUAUUGGAACACAUUUUGUGCAUUUUCAUGUUGAUAUAAAACACUUUGUUUGUUGAUAUUGUAGACGUGCAGCUCAACACCAAUACAUCCAGCUAUAUUUUCAACCAUAUACUGAAUAUAUAUAUUUUUCAUCAAUGUUAUAUUUAGUAUUAGGGUCCGGCUUGUGAUACAGCUAGGUUUUCAGAAAAUGAAAUUUUGAAAAAUAAAGUUAAUCAUUUGUAUAUAAACACAAUGUGUUAUCAUCUAUUCAAAGUGAAAGUGGACAGUCAAUGAACUACUCAGGAACCAGUCUGGCUAGUAAUAAUUUUCUUAAAAGGAAGUUUUACGGGAAGUAGUGAGCUGUUGAAGGUCCCUCCAAUAUCAUUACUGCAUCUACUGUUUCUCAAUAAGCAAUGUCGCAACAGGAACAGACGCCACAAAGAUCAAAGUCACCACCGCUAUCAAAGAUCCCAGUAUCAGCGGUAGAGAUGCCGGGACAGUUGACGACAACAGUUGAUGUGCAGUUUGGUAACUUCGAGUUCGGCUCAGAAAACGUACAGUUCUCAUUUGAAGGAAAUGAAACUGUAACUGAUGUUUUAACUAGUGCUAAAUCCGACAGUACCCGACCAGAGAAUACAGAUCUAAAUGACAAGAGCUCAUUUGAAUAUAGUCGCUCAUCAGCGUCAAGGAGAGGAAGAGGUCGAAGAAGACAAAACCUUGAUUUUAUAAAAGCAAGAAAUGAACGCAAACGCCAUGAACCUGAUUCCGUCGAAGGGAAACUUCCAUCAACAGCAGGAAAUAGAAGAGUCAAGGCGGAUCACGAUGAAGGACCAUGCCAUACCAAGUCAUAUAAAGGACAUGGAAAGAAAACUGACAGAGACAGAGGGAAUAAUCGCAAGGCACAUAGAUGUAAAAGAGAUACAACGAAGAAAGAUCACUUGUCCUAUAUGUUUUCUUCCGAUGAAUACAGAGAAGGCGCACAGGAAGAUACGGCAGAAAAUGAAGAAUUUUCUGCGCGAUCAAAUGGUUAUGCAGUUCAAUAUGGUGGAGAAAUUGAUGGGUGUCGAAAACAAGUAAGAAUACCAGAUCGAGCUGUUGAAAACACCAAUAACACGUUCACUGAAAAAGGUCUGGAAAACAAUACAAAUAGCCGUAAGGUAAUAGGAUUUCCAUUUUUGAAAAAGCUGAUGGGAAAAGAUGCAGGUUACAUUGUUUCUGAGCUGACAAGAACUCCGCAAUCUUUGAAAGAUUGUAUUUUAAGGACGUCAAAGGAGGAGGAUUUUCUGGAAGUGUUUCUUCGGGUUUUAGCAGAGGCGUUUAAGUCACGAACAACACCAUCGCUUAUGAUACGUCUAUUUGAAACGUUAAAAGAAAUUGGAUUCUUUGAAACACUGAUGAAAUACGUAGUAGAUUUGCUGAUAAAAGUAACUAGUGGACAGACAAGAGGAGAAAAUGUCCAGAAAGUGCUAAAGAAUAUAGUUAGCAUUAUUAUUGAACAGACAAUAAGGAAUCCAGCAUCUUUAAGCGUGUUUCUAAGAAUACACGCCUUGCUCGGUCAGGUUAUAAAUACACUUGAUAAAAACAGUAUAGCCAAUGAUGACCUUAAAUCAGAAUACCAACGUUUAACAGAACAUAAAGAAAAUAUAGAAACAGACCAAAAACAAUAUCUAGGCAGAAACCAGGAUAAGAGCCCUCCAAAUGAUUUCAGACAAUAUCCAGUAUCACCAAGCCCAGGCGAAAUAACAGGCGCUGUAAGACCAUUUCUCCGACCAAACAAAACAGAUGGGGAAUAUGAAGAUUUAGAACACUACCUUGAUGUACAAUUUCGUUUGUUGAGAGAAGAUUUUGUUGGACCUUUGCGGGAAGGGAUGGCAGAUUACAUCAGAUUAGUAACGACGGACAAGAAAAGAAACAAACGAAAAGACAAACCAAAUCUAAGACAUCUUGAUAUUAAGGUAUACGAAAAUGUAAGAGUCCACUCACCCGUUGUUACAGACAAAGGUCUUUGUUACAAAUUACUGUUAGAAAUGACCGAAAGUCUGAAACGGACAAACUGGAAAUUCAGUAAGAGGCUUAUAUACGGUUCCAUGGUGUGCCUUACAGAUAAGGACUUUAACGACUUUUUCCUUGCGACUGUGGUGGAAAGAGAAGAGAAAGAUAUCAAGAACGGGUUUUUCGUAGUUCAUUUUGAGCAGGAAGAACUGACAACGCACGAUGUUCUCCAUAAAACGUUUAGAAUGGCGGAAACGACCGGGUAUUUUGAAUCUUACAGACAUGUACUUUCAAGUCUUCAGUCUAUCAAAGAUGGAGAUCUUCCGUUUGAAAAAUACAUUGUAGGUUGUAAAAAGGUAACAAACCCACCGGCUUACUUAACACCCGAAACAACUUACGACUUGCGACCACUAGUUGACAACAAUAUCGUGUUACAAGAAAGUAGGCAACUUUGUUCACCAAGCCUAGGAAACCGUGUCAAAGCAAAAUCUAGAGCGACAUUUUCACGUGCAUCAAACGUGGCAAAAGCUGUUCCAGUCACAAAUCACAUCAUGUGGCCGUCAAAUGAAUUGCUUCAUAUGGAUAAUUCCCAGUAUAAAGCUGUCCAAACUGCUCUUACAAACGAGUUAGCAAUUAUUCAAGGUCCUCCGGGGACUGGCAAAACGUACAUCGGUUUACAGAUUGUCAAAGCUCUUCUGCAUAACAAAUCCGCUUGGGCGGGGACUAAAACGAAAAAUCGCCCGAUGUUGAUAGUAUGCUAUACUAACCAUGCUUUGGAUCAGUUUGUGGAAGGGAUCGUGAAAUUUUUUAAAGGUGAUGUUUUGCGUGUAGGUGGAAGAAGUAGUUCUGCCUCCCUUGAAGCUUUCAAUUUGAAACGGCAUCGUCAAGUGCAUCAUGGACCAAAGACAGAGCUCGGAAGAUUACAAAUUAGAAAAAGAGAGGCAUUGCGUGACCUAAAUAUUCAUUCAGAAUUAGUUCAAUUUUGGGCCGCAAAAAUACAGAUGUACCGGUCGGAGAUAGUGACAGAGAAUGUCCUAUUACCAGAAAUGGGCAAGAGAUUAUACAAUAAUCUAGUUAAUGGGUUUCGUGGCAAGAAAAAGAAAGAUGAGUUUUCAUAUAUUGGUAAAUGGCUUGGAAUAGGCUACAUACAGAAAGAAUGCAUGGAAGAGGUUUUAAGUGGGAAGAAUGGUAAGCAUACCAAAUUAAUCCGAGUGGAAGAUGACGCGACAAGGAGAAUGAGAGAAAGAAUGAUCGAUAUUGGAGAUGAAGUGAAGUUAACAGCAGACAGCGAAUCAAAAAUACACAACAUUCGCGAGGAGCAGGUGGCAUUCUUUGUUCCGAACACUAAGGCGGCUGCGCAGAAGAGCACGGAUGGAGAAAAGACAUUAAAUGCAAAGUAUCUGAAGCAUUUAAAAUCGACAAUCAUUGCUAAGAUAUCUGAUAAUGAUAUUAUGAGUGAACAUGAAGCUGAAACUAUUCCAGACGUGUGGAGACUGAAUCAUCAUACCAAGUGGAGAUUAUACCGCCUUUGGAUUCAAAAGUUAUGCACGAAGAUUUAUGACAAAAUAGAGGAGAAAAGAAGAGACUUUGAAGAAGCAUCAGAACGAUAUCAGGAAGCCUCAGCACAAGGAGAUAAGGAGAUUAUGAGACAGGCUGCUGUCAUAGGAAUGACGACAUCUGGAGCGGCAAGAUAUCAAUCAGUUCUGCGUGAUAUUGGUCCAAGAAUCAUAGUUGUUGAAGAGGCUGCAGAGGUCUUAGAGGCUCAUAUAAUUACGACUCUGAGCAAGAAAUGUGAACAUCUGAUACUCAUUGGAGAUCACAAACAACUUAGACCAAAUCCUACGGUUUACAAACUGGCUGUGAAAUAUCACCUUGACGUAUCGUUCUUCGAACGGAUGGUUACAAAUGACAUGCCUUUCAACAGUCUAGAACUACAACAUAGAAUGAGACCAGAAAUUUCCAGUAUAAUGAGACAUAUCUAUCCAGACCUCAAGGAUCAUGAACAUGUUGAAACGUACCCAAAUGUGAAGGGAAUUUCAACAAAUCUGUUCCUGAUCAAUCAUACACACUCAGAAAAUUCAAACAAAGACAUUAAGAGCUACUCUAAUCAAAAGGAGGCGGAGUACGCAGUGGCAUUGUGCCGAUACCUUCUGCUACAGGGCUAUACGAGAAACGAUAUAACCUUGUUAACAACCUAUACAGGCCAACUAAUAUGCAUUAGGAAUCUGAUGCCAAGAGAAGAAUUUGAAGGAGUAAAACUCACUGUUGUAGACAACUAUCAAGGCGAAGAGAAUGAAAUACUUAUUCUUUCUCUAGUGCGCAGUAACGAUUUCGGGAAAAUUGGAUUUCUCCAAACAGAAAACCGUAUAUGUGUGGCAUUGUCACGUGCUAAGGUCGGGUUUUACGUUCUUGGUAACUUCGACCACCUAGCCACACAUUCUACAUUAUGGAAACAAAUCUCAGACGAUAUGAAAGAAAAGGGUUAUUUUGGAGAAGGACUAAAGUUGUAUUGCCAGAACCAUCCAAAUGAAUCAGCUAUUGUAGUAAAAAGUCCUGAAGAAUUUAGAAAUGCUCCAGAAGGUGGAUGUUCGAAAAUAUGUGAAGCACGUUUACAGUGUGGCCAUAAAUGUGAGAAAUAUUGCCACGUGCUUGAUCAGAGGCAUGAAACUAUUAAAUGCCAAAAACCGUGCACAAAAACAUUAUGUGAAUUUCAACACAUAUGUCCGGACAAAUGUUAUAUGGAAUGUCGUCCCUGUAAGGAACUAGUUACGAAGACUGUGCCCAAAUGUGGACAUUCUCAGCAAGUACCAUGCGCAAUGAACCCGGAAUUGUUUUCAUGCAAAGCACCAUGCGAAAAGAAACUAAAAUGUGGCCAUAAAUGUCAAAACAUAUGUGGCGGCAACCAUUCUAGAUGUUCAGAGAAAAUACAUUUCACAUGGCCGUGCGGACACAUUUCAACAAUAUGCUGCUGGGAGGCCGAGUCAAAGCUCUGUCCAUCUCCUUGUGAGACAAUCCUAAAAUGCGAGCAUAUCUGCAGUGGAACAUGCGGAACAUGUUUUAAUGGACGCGUUCACCAGCCCUGCCGCCAAGUUUGCAGCCGUAACCUUAUUUGUAGCCAUCAGUGCAAAGAUUAUUGCGAUAAUUGCCCCCCUUGCACUGAACCAUGUAGAAACAGGUGUGUUCAUAGCAAAUGCACCAAACGAUGUGGAGAGCGGUGUAUCCCAUGCAAGGAACCUUGUAUUUGGGAGUGUUCUCAUUACAAAUGUACUAGACUGUGCAGUGAACCCUGUAACCGACUUCGAUGUAACAGAGCCUGCAACAAAACUUUGAAAUGUCAACAUAAAUGCAUAGGACUUUGUGGAGAACCAUGUCCACCGCUUUGCAGAAUAUGUGAUAAGGAACAGGUAACAGAGAUCUUUUUUGGAGACGAAGAUGAACCAGACGCAACGUUUGUCCUUCUCGAAGACUGCAGUCAUAUAUUUGAGACCAAGGCCAUGGACAAAUACAUGUUGAUCGUUAAUGUGGAUGAAGGGAUUCAGCUGAAAUGUUGUCCUUUAUGUAAGACGCCUAUCCGUAAAUGCUUACGAUAUGGAAAAAUAGUAAACCGUACGCUAAAAGAUAUUGAACGCGUAAAAAAAGAAAUAAUAGGAAAUUUCAGAAUAUAUGAAACAGUAAAACGUCAAGUUGAUGCGAUUAGUCCUAAGAACAGAACUGAUUUGCGCGCAGGCACUGGAGCAGGACGUUUAAGCCCAGAUGAGACAAAGAGAUUACAACAGUAUCAAUAUUACAUGGAUCUAUGUAAAAACGAACUUGGGAUUAGACUAGAUGAAUUACGUAAGACAAGAUUCUACACAGAAAAGCAACUGUUGACAAUACAGAACCAGCAAAGAAUUGCUGUGGCGAUUAUAGAUGUCAGACAAAAAAUAGAAUGUUUACCAAGUCUAAAAACAUCGCAACCAAAAGCUGAAAAGGAUUUGAUUUCAUUUCUUCAGGAACUUCUUCCAAAUAUAUUGCAGCCGAGAAAUUGCCUGACUGAUCAAGAGAUUGAAGACUUUAUGUCGGAAAUUGAAAGGGCAAAGGCAUAUGUCAAGCUUUUGAAACUAAGACGAGCUACUAAGUCUGCUAAGAAUGUUGCAGACGCAAAAUCCGAUAUAGAAAAAAUGGAACUACUGGUUUUAGAGGAGAGCAGAUUCACUGCUGACAAAGGAACAGAAGUACAUGAAUGUUUUGAGCGUGUCUCUCAGACUUUGAAAAUUGAGGGUCCUUGUAUAUCUGAAGAUGAAAGACUAGAGAUCAUUAAAGCCAUGGGACUAACAAAAGGACAUUGGUUUAAAUGCCCAAACAAUCAUAUUUAUGCUAUUGGAGAAUGUGGUGGAGCUACACAGCGUGGAAAAUGUCCUGAAUGUAACGCUGAUAUUGGUGGAGAGCAUCAUCGUCUAACAGAUGGUAAUCAACUUGCGAGGGAGAUGGAUGGUGCAGACUAUGCUGCAUACUCUGAGGAGGCGAACAACAUGGCAAAUUUCGACUUGAAUAAUCUACAUUAAAGAGAUAGCGUUAGUGUGAAUAACAUGGCGAGUUUCGAUUUUAACAAUCUACAUUAAAGAGAUAUUUUCAUGGCGAAAAACAUGGCAAAAUUAGAUUUAUUAAUCUACAUUAAUUAGUUACCGUUAUGGCGAAUAACAUGUUGAAAUUUGAUUUGAACAGAUAUCGCAGUGGUGGAUAACAGAUAACAAGGUGAAUUUCGAAUCGAACAAAAAACAUUAAAGAGAUAUCAAUACGGCGAAAAACAUUCAAUUUGAACAGUCUACAAUCAAGAGAUAUCGUUAUAAUAUUAUGCUGCGACUGACAGAACUCUAAAAAUGUUUUGAAAUUAAAUCUAAUGAAUAUUGACACUUAAAUUGAAAUUAAUACUAGUAUAAUUAGAGACUCACUCAUGCAAAAUCGGGUAAAUACGAGUGUUUAAAUGAUCAAACUUUCUGCGAAUGAAUAGCUUUACAAACAGAAAGCAGUUUUAACUGGAAAGGUUAAGUCAAGUUGACCAAAAUGUUCUGGUUUGAGAGUGUUUUUGCCUUUGAUAGGGUUCCGGUUUAAAGGGGUUUCAUAGAAUAUAUUGCAACCUUUACCAUAUUCAAAUAGUGUAGUUCAGUAUAAUGUACACUAAGCAACAUUUCCAACAGGAGGUGUCACAUGUAGUAGAAUGUUUGAAAUCAAAAGAAACGUACCAUUGAACAUUGUAACAAACUAAUGGUAAUAUUAUAUCAUGAAACAUUGAUUGCAUAAUAAGGCAUGUUUACAAAUUUUAGAAGUGACCCGUCCAAAAAAAAACACUAAAAGUAUUGUCAUAUUUAAGCAAAGUUUAGUUUACAUUUUUGGCAUUAGUUUGCUACAUGCGCAUACAUGUAUAUCCGGGAAAUUUGAAUGAAAGUAGACAAUCCCGUAACUAAACGGGGCAUCCGUGGCCAAGUGGUUGAGGUCGCGGACUUUAAAUUACUUGCCCCUCAUCGAUGUUGGUUCGAGCCUCACUCGGGGCGUUGAAUUCUUCAUGUGAGGAAGCCAUCCAGCUGGCUUACGGGAGGUCGGUGGUUCUAUCCAGGUGCCCGCUCGUGAUGAAAUCAUUCACGGGUCUUCCUUCAUCAAAGCUGAAAUGUCGCCUGUGUCGGUGUGACGUUAAACUCAACAGAAUAAAUAAAUAUAUAACUAAACAUCAAGAGUACUCGUGCCAAAACGGCAGCUGUUCCCAGUGCAUGUUUCAGUAGUUUUCAGCUUCUACAAACCAAUUUUUCGAAAGCCAAAACUAGUUUGAUUAGAACUAAAAUAAUUAUUUAAACACCAAUUGAUAAAGUUCCGUUCAGUCUGGAUCUCAGCCUGCAUGUGGUCAUUUUGCAAUCUCCAUUAAAAACGAGAAAUACCAAUGAAGCAUGCACCCUCUGGAAUAAAUUUACUCGAGUUGAACAAUGAACCCUUAAAUACAUUUCAGGGUCUUUCAAAAAUAAAAUUCUAUUACUGAAAGCUCCUGGUUAGAAUUUUGUUAAGUUCACAUACAAAAUGUAUUCAUUUUUUUUUUACAUACGUCAAAUGUUUUCUAAUGUAUCUUUCAUUCUCAACCAUUUGUUAUGCGUCAGAUAUAAAACCAUGAUAAAAAAUUCAAGUGUAACCAGAUAUUAUAAACAUUGUUGUACCUUGGAUAUGUAUAAAUAUUUGCACCAGGAAACCAGUUUCUUGUGUUUCCAGUUGCCAACGGGCCAUGACACUUUGCUUAUAUUUUAAAUAUGCUUAUAUGUAUAAUAAGGUAAUAGCGAAUAAUUACAUCGAAUGAUUUCAACAGCAUAGUGUACAUAUUGAUUUUAAAGUAUUGUAAAUGCAAACAUUCAUACAGUGUUCUUAUAGAUAUAUUUUUCUGAUCAUAAUAGUAUGUGAUGUAAAUACCGAAGAUUUAGUAUAACUUUGCGUUUACUUACACAGUUCAAGCUUUAUGAUUUAUUGCUCUAAAAUAUAAGAAUAGA